AUGAUGACAGGCCCUCCAUCUCCUAAACGCCAGCGUAUUCAUGACAACGAGUCGGAUGAGAAUGAGUCAAAGAUAGUAAAGGAAGUGCUUGAGAAAGUGCAGAAAGUGGAAGAGGAACUUGAGCAGAUGAAUGUUGAGCAAGCCAAGGAGAUUCUCGUCAUCGAAGCCAAAUACAAUAUGAAAAAGCAUUCUACUUAUGUCAAACGUAACAAGAUAUUGAAUGAGAUUCCUCACUUUUGGAAGAAAGUGUUUGAGAACCACAUGCCGGUGAAUGGCUUUAUUACCGAAGAUGAUAAGAAAAUAUUCGACUACUUGCAGACAUUUGACGUCACAUUUGUGGGCGAUGAUGGAACUUUUAAGAUGGAAAUGACCUUCAAGGAAAACCCGUAUUUUUCUCCUACGACGCUGUGGAAGCAGGUUAAGUUUUCAGUGGAAGAGGAAGAAACGGAGGUCACGACGUCGGAAAUUACCUGGAAAGAGAAAGAAGAAACGACGGAGGAGCCAACGAGAUUCUUCUUCGAUUGGUUCACCACGACGGAUGGCGAACAGGAAAUGGCGGAGAUCAUUAAGGAAGAGAUAUGGAAGUACCCUGUGCGGUACUUCUUGAUGGACGAAGACGACGAUGAAGAUGAAGAGGAUCAGGAAGAGGAGGACGAAGAUGAGGAGGAAGAAGAGAAUAAGCAGGAAGGAGAAAGCGAUGAUGGGGAUACCAAAGGCGACGAUGACAAGGAAUGA